AUGGAAUGGAGUGAUGUGUUCGCUGCACGGAUAGACCAGCUGAAAGCUCAGCUGGAUACGCCUAAAGGAGCUCAUAAACGUCAUUCACGGAACUUGAGAACAUCUUGGAUGACAAAUGGAAGAAUGGGUGUUGUUCGACGCUGCUGCAAAUCCUACCUCACGCCUCAAAGCGGCGCAGCGGUGGCCCUGGCCGUCGGGCAGCUAUGGUGGCGAGACUUCGUCUCGGCAGGUUCAACCAUGCCACAAAGGUGUCCGGCUAGUAGCCCGGUCCUUGGGCCAAGGCUACAAGCUAAAGCUAGGGCGUACCCCAGAAGCGACGCGCAUUGUCCUCGCCUGGGCAAUGUGGCAGAUAUGCGAGGGCUACCGGCUAGAGGACGAAGCCGGCCAAAGAAGUUAGUCCGCCGUCGCCAGCAACAUCCAGUGCGCUUGGCAACACUUAACCUUGGGACGCUUACUGGAAGAAGUCGUGAACUGGCAGACAGUCUCAGAAAACGCCGUGUUGACAUAUGUUGUUUACAGGAGACUCGCUGGAAAGGCUCCAAGGCAAGGGAAUUAGGCGAUGGCUACAAGCUGAUCUACCACGGCACAUCAAAUCGCAACGGCGUUGGUAUCAUAUUGAACGAGUCGUUUAGAAAUAGCGUCACAGCGAUGGAUCGACUAUCGGAUCGCUUGAUGGCUGUAAAAGUAGAUACAGGAGAAGUGGAAUUGCGAGUCGUCUCUGCUUAUGCGCCACAGAUGGGCUGUAGUGAAGAGAGAAGGCGUGCUUUUGGGAAGAUCUGGAGCAACCAUGUCGCUGCCCAACACCAUCUGCUCGUUAUGGACUUGAAAAUCUCCCGUCCAAGGAAGAGACAUCCAAGGACUGAAACACAGCGCAUCAAAUGGUGGAAUCUGAAGGAUCGAAGGAGCGUUAUACGCUUGACCGCGGAAAACACUCUGGGAAAGACGACUCUAGGUAAGCCAAAGGUACAAAAGGCUACGUGGUUUUGGAACGAGGAAGUUCAGGCGGCAAUUCGUGAGAAGAAGUCCAAGUAUAAGCUCUGGUGGAGGACGCGUCAGCUUGAAGAUCGGGGUGCUUACCUAGCGGCGAAGAGGGAGGCUAAGAAGGCAGUCUCCAAGGCGAAGUCGGACCGCUACAAGGUGUACGACAUGCUUGAUACCAGAGAAGGCGAGCGGGCAGUGUAUCGUUUAGUCAGAGCACGUCAUCGCUCAACGUUGGAUAUGGAGCACACCAAGAUCGUUAAGGGAGCUGAUGGAGCCGUUCUGCGCCGCUCUGGUCAGAUCCUGGAGAGGUGGCGAGAGUACUACAAUCACUUGUGUAACGAAGAGUUCUGUCAUCCUCCCAUCCCAACCGUUCCCAGCGUCGAGGGUCCUGUUCUACCAAUUACUGCUGUCGAAGUCAGUGCUGCCCUCGCAAAAAUGAAGUCGAACAAGGCAACCGGUCCUGAUGACAUACCUGUUGAUAUCUGGAAGCUGCUAGGAGAUCGAGGGUCCAUGUGGCUCGCAACUCUAUUUAACAAGAUCGUUACAGAAGGACGGACUCCAGACGUUUGGCAAACUUCCGUGACCGUGCCUGUCUGGAAAGGGAAAGGAGACAUUGCCGACUGCACCUCGUACAGGCCUAUACGACUGCUCUGCCAUACGAUGAAGGUUUUUGAGCGUGUCCUGGAAGCUCGUCUGAGGAAAAUUGUUAGCGUUUCACUCAACCAGUGCGGUUUUGUGAAGGACUGUAGCACUAUAAACGCUAUCCAUGCUGUCCGAAUCCUCCUGGAGAAACAUCGAGAGAAGAACCGCAGUGUGCAUCUUGCUUUUCUCGAUCUCGAGAAAGCUUUCGACCGUGUCCCACAUGAGCUGUUAUGGAUGUCCAUGAGGUCGCUAGAGUACCGAAGAAUAUGUGGGUGGACGAAGCUGCUUUAUGCGAAGCCUACCAGCGCUGUACGAUGUGCUGUUGGAACAAGCAGGCCAUUCCCUGUACGAGUAGGGAAGCAGCAUCCGUGGACUCUACUCUUUGCCAACGAUGUCAUGCUCGCGUCGGAGUCUCGAGAUGAUCUUCAGAAACAAGUGCAGUCUUGGAAGGAUCAGCUGCAACAAUGUGGAUUGCGCCUCAACACAUCAAAAACUGAGUACAUGGAGUGCGGACCAAGGAUAGAGGACGGUUCAAUUCGUGUUGAUGGCACCGAAUUAAACAAGGUGAACUGUUUCAAGUACCUUGGAUCCAAAGUGACUUCCACAGGCGACAUUGAUCCAGAAGGUCGAGCACGUGUUAAUGCUGCAUGGAUGAAAUGGAAAAUGGCAGCAGGGGUACUAUGCGACAAGAAAGUCCCUGUUCGACUGAAGUCGAAGAUCUACAGGACGGUUGUGCGUCCUGUUGCCCUUUACGGAUGCGAGUGCUGGCCGACAACGAAAGCCUUGGAAAGAGUGCUGCACGCUAUGGAGAUGCGGAUGUUGAGGUGGACGAUAGGUGUAACGCUAAAAGAGAAAGUAUCCAACGACACUGUGCGCUCCAUCUUCGGUGUCGUCCCGAUAACUGAGAAGAUGAAGGAGGCGCGACUGAGAUGGUUUGGUCACGUAUUGCGGCGGGAGGAAGAUUCUGUUGCCAAAACCGCUCUGAAGCUCGACGUUUCAGGAGUGAGGCCGCGCGGGAGGCCAAAGAUUCGCUGGUUAGACCGUGUGAAGCUGGAUAUGAUAGAUGCACGUUUGUGUACGGCUGAUGCAAUGGAUAGAACCAAAUGGAAGACAAGAAGCAGAAAAGCGGACCCUGCAACAACGCGGGACAAACGCUAG